UAAUACACGUUGCAGGUGCGUUAAUUUACUUUUAGCUUUCUUCAGCUACGGUGUUUACCUAUAAUCAGUGCAAACAUGGACACGAUUAGUAGUCCUUUCAUCUAUAUUUGGUCUCAAGCACAGAUGACGAACCAGGCGUCACCGGUGGAGGAGCAGGAGAAGCUGCUGGAUGAGGCUCUUAAUGUUGUCAAAGUUCAGGCAUUCCAGAUGAAGCGAUGCCUGGACAAGUCCAAGCUGAUGGACGCCCUGAAGCAUGCAUCCACCAUGCUCGGGGAACUGCGGACUUCCCUGUUGUCACCGAAGAGCUACUAUGAGCUCUACAUGGCAAUAACAGACGAGCUGCGUCACCUAGAGCUGUACCUCCUAGAAGAGUUCCAGAAGGGGCGGAAAGUGGCGGAUCUAUACGAGCUGGUGCAGUAUGCUGGCAACAUCGUGCCGCGAUUGUACCUUCUAAUUACUGUUGGGCUGGUGUACAUCAAGACUAACUCUAACUUGAGGAGGGACCUUUUGAAGGACCUAGUAGAAAUGUGUCGCGGCGUCCAGCACCCCCUCCGCGGCCUGUUCCUGCGCAACUACUUACUGCAGUGCACUCGCAACGUGCUGCCGGACACGGCCGAGCCGGCUCAUGACAGCGAAGGCACCGUGAAGGAUGCCAUAGACUUCGUCCUGAUGAACUUUGCGGAGAUGAACAAGCUGUGGGUCAGAAUGCAGCACCAGGGACACUCUAGAGACAAAGAGCGUCGCGAACGCGAACGCUCCGAACUCCGCAUCCUCGUGGGCACAAACCUGGUGCGUCUCUCGCAGCUGGAGACGGCCGCGGUGGAGGACUACACGCGGCUCGUGCUGCCCAGCAUCCUGGAGCAGGUGGUCAGCUGCCGGGACGCCAUCGCGCAGGAGUACCUCAUGGAGUGCAUUAUACAGGUGUUCCCGGACGAGUUCCACCUGGCGUCCUUGAGCGCGUUCCUGAAGUCUUGCGCCGAGCUGCAGCCCGCCGUCAACAUCAAGAACAUCGUCAUCGCGCUCAUCGAGAGACUGGCCUCCUUCAGCCAGAGGAACGAGGGCAACGUGAACCUCAGCGUGGUGAUGGAGGACGGGCAGGAGCAGUCCGUGCAGCUGUUCGAGGUGUUCUCCGACCAGGUCGCCGCCAUCACCCAGAGUCGCACAGACAUGCCUGCAGAAGACAUGCUGAGUCUCCAACUAGCAUUACUGAAGUUAGCCCAGCGAUGUCAUCCAGAGAAGUUAUCCUAUGUGGAUAGAGUGUUGGCACAUACACACUUUAUAUGCAACGAUAUACAUACUAACUCCGGGAAAACCCACCUCCAACACAACACGCCAGCCUUCAAGGAACUCAUGAAGAUACUACUCCUGCCAGCGAACCACUACGAAGACAUACUAACCCUGAUCAAGCUGAAGCGAUACUCGCCUCUCAUAGCUCACCUGGACUGCUCUGGGCGUAGUUCGCUAGCUGCGGCCAUAGCUCAGCGAGUGCUGGACACUGGGACUUAUAUCGACACGCCGCAGGAUGUAGAAGCAGUGCUAGGCAUGCUGGAUGUCCUCGUCAAGGACCAGCCCGACCAGCCGGCCGAAGUAGACCCUGACGACUUCAUGGAGGAACAAGGAUUGUUGGCCAGACUAAUCCACCACUUCAAGUCCGACUCUCCAGACCAGCAAUACCUCAUCCUCACAACAGCCCGCUCAGCGCUGCAGGGCGGCGGCGCGCGGCGCGUGCAGCACUCGCUGCCCCCCGUGCUGUUCCACGCGUACAGACUGGCCUUCACCUACCACCAGAUCAAGGACCAGGAUGAGAUGUGGGAGAAGAAGUGUCAGAAGAUAUUCCAGUUCUGCCACCAGACCAUCAGCAUGCUGGUGAAGGCCGAGCUCGCCGAGUUGCCGCUGAGACUGUACCUCCAAGGCGCACUAGCAAUAAGCGAGAUCGGCUUCGCCAACCACGAGACUAUCGCCUACGAGUUCUUAUCUCAGGCAUUCUCACUGUAUGAAGACGAGAUCUCGGACUCGAAGGCGCAGCUCGCGGCCAUCACACUGAUUAUUGCCACCUUCGAGCAGAUCAACUGUUUCGGCGCAGAAAAUGCCGAGCCGAUGCGGACGCAGUGCGCUCUGGCCGCCAGCAAGCUGCUGAAGAAGCCGGACCAGAGCCGCGCCGUGGCGCUGUGUGCGCAUCUGUUCUGGAAGGGCUCCAAGGACUCCGUUGAGUGGCCACUGAACGACGCGAAUCGAGCGCUCGACUGCUUGAAGAAGGGAGCUAGGGUGGCGCAGCAAUGCAUGGACGGAGCUGUGCAGGCGCAGCUACUAGCCGAGCUGCUGGGUCGCUACGCGUUACUCCGCGAGAGAGGCAACCAGGCCGUCAACGUGCCCAUCAUCAACGCCGUAAUCCUCAAGAUACGCGAAGAGCUGGCCAACCUCGAGCAGUCAGAGGAAGUGGAACAAAUUACCAAACAUUUCCACAACACGCUGCAACACCUUAAAAACCGAAUCGAGUGUCCUGACGCGGACUCGCUGGGCUAUGAGGGACUCGUGUUGAGCUAGAUCUGAUGAGCUAAUAUGUUAGGGUGCUUGCUUAGAGAAUCGGGUUCCCUGUAUCUACCUGAGCCGCGAGCACAGGAUUCGAUAGUAUUUUCGAAUCUA